UACCUAAGUUACACUUGCUCUUUGGUUAAAUAAACCUCAAAACACCUUUUUUCAUUAAUUAAUUUUGAAUUGGCCAACACGACGUGGUUUCUUUUAAGAAUUACUUUAUUGGAUUUUUCUAUUUUGAACAAGUGCACAUUAAUAGCAGUGUAUCAACAUGGGUGUGUGGCUAGAGGUAACGACUGCAAAAUCUGAAAAUAGACACGAAAUAAAGUUGGCGGGUGCCGCUAUCUCAAAAAGAAUUUCUGAAGAGGGUUUAGACAAAACUGUUUUUCAAUUAACAAAUUUGAACCUUUUAAAUAUAAGUGAUACAUGCCUUACAUCAUUACCAGACGAUAUUAAACUAUUAGUUAAUCUGCAAUCACUAUUAUUGUUCGGUAAUAAACUUCAAGAGUUUAACGAAAACAUAACCUCCUUACCGAAAUUAAAGGUUUUAGAUUUAUCACGUAACCACAUAACGAAGAUUCCUGACAGUCUAAACAAAAUGAAGGAGUUGAUGAAUAUAAAUUUGAGUUCAAAUGAGAUCGAUACGAUGCCUAGUUUAGGUGAUUUUCCAAAUUUGAUAUCUGUGGAUAUCUCAAACAACAAAUUGUCGUCGUUUUUGGACAUCGAAAAUGCGAAUAUGCCACAUCUAACUGAUUUAAAGCUAAAAGGGAAUUGUAUAGAAGUAUUACCUAGCCAUGUGGCCCGAGUAUUGCCUCUACUGAAAAACUUUGAUAUGGGUGAUAAUAAAAUUACAUUAAUUCCUGGGGAACUCGCUAAUUUAGGAAAAUUAAAAGAACUGAAUCUUAAAGGUAACAAAUUAUCAGACAAACGUCUCAUGAAGUUAGUCGACCAGUGCCGUACAAAACAAAUCCUCGACUACAUCCGUGAACAUUGUCCAAAAUCUGAACAAACACAACAAUCAAGUAAAGGUAAAGGAAAGAAAGGGAAAAAGCAAGAGGAACCGCAACCCGAAGAUAUCGAGGAACUUUGUCAUUCAAUGAAAAUAUUGCAUGUCGAAGAUGACACAGUUCGGGUUAAGAUUAUUGAAUCAGAAGUUGCGAACAUACGUCCAUAUAUACUCUGCUGUAUUAUAAAUAAUAUAAAUUUAACGGAUGAACUGUUUAAGAAAUUCAUACAGUUGCAAACAAAAUUACAUGACACGGUGUGUGAUAAAAGAAAUGUAGCAACUAUAGCUACGCAUGAUAUGAGCAAGGUAGCACCAGGAGACCUGAUCUACACAGCAAAGCCUCCUAAAGCACUAAAGCUGACACCAUUGUCGAGAUCUCGACAGUACAGUGGAGAACAGCUGUUCCAACAGCUAGCCGCAGAAGCGGAGGCUCUUAGGAAAGAAAAGAAGAGGAAUGUGUACACCGGGAUACAUAAGUACUUAUAUUUAUUAGAAGGCAAACAAAAGUAUCCAUGUCUUGAAGAUGCCAGUGGUAAAGUGAUUAGUUUCCCGCCAAUAACAAACUCUGAGGAUACUAAGAUGUCAAGCAGCACAAAGACGAUGUUAGUAGAGGUGACGUCACACGCGUCUCUCUCUUCCUGCAAAACGGUCAUGGACAAAGUGUUGCAGGAAUGUCUGUUGCUAGGCAUUGGGGAUGAGGGAGAAGAUGAGGGUUACCACACACUAUCUGUGCAACAGGUAAAGAUAGUUGACACUGAAGGUAAUUUAAAGAGCGUGUACCCAUCGAGGACGGACUGUGUGUACGACGGCACCAAUAUUAAAGUGUACCGUCUGCCAAAGAAAUAAACUUCAUUAUUAAAUAAUGACAUUACAGUUCUAAAUAACGAUUUUGGAAUUUGAAAAGUUCCAACCAGCAAAUAUGCUUUUUUCAAUCUCAUUUUGUUAGUC